GGGUUCCAGCUUGGACUCGCCGCUUGGGCUCUGGCCGGCGGAGUGUUGCAGGCAAGUCGGAAUGGGGUUGUGCCUGCCCUGCCUGGGGGGAACUGCCGACCAAGUGGUGGAGACGCCGGACCCAGAAAUUAGAAGGCAGCAACUUGCAGAAGCAGCAGAAAAAAGACAAAUGGAGGCUGCAUCUCGUGGUAUUAAGAAUCUCUCUUCUGUGGAACAAAAAAAACGAAAACAAGAAGAAAUGGAGAAACGUCUUGAAUCUGGAAGCCAGGAACCAGACAAAGGCAAUCUAAGGUGGCAGGUUGGAUAAAAUACUGAGCUGCUUCAGAAUGAAGAAGGGUGAAGCUUUGUCCUGCCAAUAACUUGCCAGUUGCUGCAGAUGAAUUAAACUUGUUAAUUGUUUGGCUUUUGCUGGGUGCCUCUGAAGAUGCAGCAGUAUUUUGCCGUUGUAGCAGGGUAGCUGACAUACAUGCACUAAGGAUGAACACUUCACAAUACCCGCAAAGAUGCCCCAAACUGAUCACUUCCUGUUUGUGUUGCAUUAUUGUGUAACAUUGCAUGUCUAAAUGUACUGGAGGGGUGAAUUAUGGGAGUUACUUAGGUAAACUGUUGCCAUUUUCAUGCCUUUGUGGUCAUGGGGGAACAAUUCUAUUUUCCGAAAGUGCACCUUGUUAAACUUGUUGCCAUCUUACCCCAUGUUAUACUUGUAUGAAUCAAUUCAAUCCAGUGCACAAUCCUUGAAUCCCUCACACCUGACUAAAUGACUGAAACCAACAGGCUUGUUUUAAGAGUAAGAACUUCAGAAUCAAAGCUUUAGUGCCUUCUGCUGGUUAUACAUUUAACUGCUACAUUGCAAUGAGGUGAAAAAUUCCUAUUCUUGUGUCUUCGUUUUUACACACGUUAUGCCUUUCUGCAGGGUUUACAAAAAUACAGGCCAAAAUACUAGACUCUUAUUUUUUUAAAAAAUAAGUGAAAGAAUAUAGUGAAAGGUGUUCUGCUUUAUCACUUGGGUGUGAAGUUUGGGAGAAAAACUCAUGAAAGGACAGCUAUAUGAUUCUACUUCUUUAUGAUUAAAUUUCUUUAUAAAAAUUACUUUUUUAAUUCUUAAAAACUGGUUCGAGGACAUUAUUCUGCAGAUACAUCCAGUGUAAAAAUAUGUUUAUAACAUCAUUCAUAUUAACAUACUGGAGUAAAUAUAAACAGAUUAAGUACUUAUUCUCCCAUAUGAUCCGUUGCAGCUUAUCUGGAAGUGAUGCAAAAAGAAACAGUAGAUUUGUUGAACUUCUAAACUAAUAUAGGAAAUGUUCACACAUCUUGAAUUUUAAGCAAGGAGUAGUAUCGAUUUUUAUGAAAGAAAUGAAGGUGCAGUUUAUCUUGCUUUGUAUCAGAAAUAAAGAUAGUUGCUUCUUACUUAUUCCCAGUAUUAUAAAUAUUGUUUUUUGAAAAGAAAAUACUUCAGAAAUAUAUUUAAAAGUAAUGACAAGUGUUGUAUAUGUAGGUAUAUGAGAGAAUAAAAUGUGCAAAUGAA